AGAGCACGGGGGGCGGGCUUUCUCACACGACAGCCAAUGCCGUGUCACGCUUGCGAUACGUUACGUCGGAUUACCCGAGUGAGCGUUCCUGAGGUCCGUGUAGGUUUUUUAUUUUUAAGCUGUUGGCUCUCAGUGUCCAGGAUGUGCGGAUCCUUCCGGGUGCUGCUGCAGGUGCUGGUCGCCCUGCUGCCGUGGGGCUGGGUGCUGGGCUCCGAGCUCACGUUUGAGCUGCCGGAUAACGCCAAGCAGUGUUUCUACGAGGACAUCAUCAUCGGCACCAAGUGUACACUUGAGUUUCAGGUGCGUGGGUCUCACU